CGGGCGACGCCGCCGCGGCUCAGCUCGCCCGGGAUUGCUGCGCCGCCGGCGGCCUGCUCCGAGCGACCUGCACUGGACCCGGCUGUCCGGGCGACUGCAUGGCCGACGCCCUGCCGACGCCGUGCAACAUUUUACUGCAGUUCCAUCAAUAUAAUAAUAUAAGUGACUUUGACUAUAAUGGAAAAGUAUGAAAAAUUAGCUAAGAUUGGAGAAGGGUCUUAUGGAGUUGUGUUCAAGUGCAGAAACAAAUCCUCUGGUCAAGUAGUUGCUAUUAAAAAAUUCGUGGAAUCUGAAGAUGAUCCUGUUGUUAAGAAAAUAGCACUGAGAGAAAUUCGCUUGUUGAAGCAAUUAAAACAUUCAAACCUUGUGAACCUCAUUGAGGUGUUCAGGAGAAAAAGGAAAAUGCAUUUAGUUUUUGAAUACUGUGAUCAUACACUUUUAAAUGAGCUGGAAAGAAACCCAAAUGGAGUUGCUGAUGGAGUGAUCAAAAGUGUAUUAUGGCAAACACUUCAAGCUCUUAAUUUCUGUCAUAAACAUAAUUGUAUUCACCGAGAUGUAAAACCUGAAAACAUUCUCAUAACCAAGCAAGGAAUAAUCAAGAUCUGUGACUUUGGGUUUGCACGAAUUCUGAUUCCAGGAGACAUCUACACUGAUUAUGUUGCCACACGGUGGUACAGGGCUCCUGAGCUUCUCGUGGGAGACACCCAAUACGAUUCUUCCGUCGAUGUGUGGGCUGUUGGUUGCGUUUUUGCAGAGCUCCUGACUGGCCAGCCACUCUGGCCUGGAAAAUCAGAUGUGGACCAGCUUUAUCUGAUAAUCAGAACACUGGGAAAACUAAUUCCAAGACAUCAGUCCAUCUUUAAAAGUAACCAGUUUUUCCAUGGCAUCAGUAUACCUGAACCUGAAGACAUGGAAACUCUUGAGGAAAAGUUCUCAGAUGCUUAUCCUGUGGCUUUGAAUUUCAUGAAGGGGUGUUUGAAGAUGAAUCCAGAUGACAGGUUAACCUGUGCCCAACUCCUAGAGAGCUCCUACUUUGAUUCCUUUCAAGAAGAUCAAAUGAAAAGAAAAGCACGUAAUGAGGGAAGAAACAGAAGGCGUCAGCAGAAUCAACUGUUGCCUCUCAUACCAGGAAGCCACAUCUCCCCCACACCUGAUGGAAGAAAACAAGUCCUCCAGUUAAAAUUUGAUCAUCUUCCAAACAUUUAGGAAAAUGUUCUUUCAAGUGCAAAGUAAUUUAAUAUGUACAUAUUUUUGUACAAGCGAGAUAGGAAUUCUCAGUGUUUCAAAUGCAAAUGAGCCAUAUGAAAAUUAAGAUGCCUUCUAGAAUUGUUUUGCUCUGAUCAUUGCUGAUUCCUUUCCCUGUGCUUUUUACAUGCCAACUUUAUCUUUUAGAACAUUUUCUUUAAAUGUUAUAAGGCCUGAAACUGCACAUAUGGAGGAGACAUUUUCAAUUUCAUCAGAGCUGUCCCUCUUAGACAAUUUAUAUUGAGAAUUUGUGGACUUAUACUUCAAUUUAUGAAAAAGAUUUUCAUUUAUCAUCCUGCUUCAACUGAACCCAUAAUAUCUUAAAGCUUAACACAUAAUAUCUUAUCAAAUCUCCUGCCUAUAUGUUGUUUAAGGAAUGACAUUUUGUUCCUGCAUUUUAAUUCACUCUCAUUGUAACUAUAUCUAUUGAGCAAAACUGGUAUUCCAUGUUUAUAUUGGUGUAGGAUGGGAAAUUUGAAAGGUUAUCUAGGUUUAUUCCUUGAUUCCAGAGCAGACUCUAUAUUUCCUCUGCCUCAUGAGACACUGACAAUUCUAUUUUUAAAGCUAGCUAGAGAAAAUUCCACACACAUUCCAUACAUAGCAAAUUAUGGACAAACAACAAGGAAUCACUAUCCUCCUGAUAAUAAUGCUCUUGAAUUACUGCCUGCUUAUUCUGAUGGUACCUCAUUAUGCCCUAUUCUUUUUUUCUGAUUAAAUCAUCUUCAUACCUAAACCAGUCCUCCUUAAGUGUGUUAUCUGAACAGUUCAUUGCCAAUAUUUUGUUUCAAAUAUUGGCAUCCAUAGCUUCUACAAACUUGUACUGCCCCAAAACUGUUGAGGGCAUCAUAAACAGGUCCAGUUUGUAAAUGCAUACAAAAGCAAAAAGGUUGUCUUUUAGUUAAUUUCAUUUUGUGUCUCUUAUCAAAAUAAGAAAAAGAAAAUGAGGUAAACACUUCAAUAGGUAAGACAGAAUUGUGCUGGAAUAUUUUCCCAAGUGAACUUGACAUACAAUCCCCUAAUACAACACACACACACACACACACACACACAUAUUUAUAAGUUUUGAACCAUCAUAGUAGAUGCCUUUAUGUUGGAAAUCUAAAAUGAAGCAGAAUGAUUGAAAAAACUUUUAGUUUGCUAAUAUGGAACUCAUGUAAAAUAGUAGAGGGCUGUCUAUCACUGUCUGGCAGAAGGCACAAAAAAAUGAUGUUCCCAUCAAUAAAAAUUAAGCAUGCUCCUAGGCUGGCAUGCUUGCCUAAAUGUCGUCAAAUUUUGCACAUAUACUACAUUGCAAAAAUUCUUUGUGUCUGGCUCCAAGAAUUAAGCAUAUAGUGUUAUUAAGGAAACAGAACACCCUAUGUUCUUCUCUGAAGAUCUAUUGCACUUAUAAACAUGGCUGUGUAAACUUCCAGAAAAUCUCAUUCAGUUAUUUAGGAGCAUCCACUUUCCUAAGGAAUUACAGCAUCUAAACAAUCAUUUCUUGUCCAGUAGAAGGACUUUGACAGGGGUAAAUAUAAGCUGUCAGGGUCUUAUUACUUCAUCUUGUUGUCAAGAGUGUACCUCUUCAGAUUUGUGUUUCUUGCAUUUUAAAAUAGGAUGAUAUCACAGGUUCAGGGAAAAUGGGGAAGAAAAGAUAAAAGGCAACUUUACUGACAGAUUUCUUUUUAGCCAUCAUAGUUUUUUUUUUUUUAAUUUAAGCCUUUUUAUUACCAAACUCCUCAUCUGCUCCACCUCUCCCAAACAUAUACACAUAUUAUGCAUGCAUGUCUACCUAUAAUGUAAUACAGAGAGAGAGAGAGAGAGAGAAUGAGCAGGGAGUAUGUGGCUCCAUGAUCUAUUUUGCUUUCAGUUGUAUGUUUAACGAUGAAGUUUUGGCAGGGAUUGGUGGGAUAACUGCCUUGUCUUAUUUUUGCUUUCAUGUAAGAAUUAAUUCAGGAGUCCUAUAUUCCCAUGCCUGAGGAAUGUAAUACAUUUUGUUGUGGUGGUUUUUUCCUGUUUAAAAAAAUAAUUAAUUCAAACUAUCAUAUCUCUCUGUCUCUUUUUUCCUUCAAAUCUAUCACUGGGUAUCCCUGGGGAAGGGAGAGAAGAAAGCAUCUAACCUUAGAAAAUGUUCUGAUACAGUCAUAUUGUUAUAUUACUGUGAAGAAAAAUAAUCUUCUGGUUACAUUUGCCAGUGUGGUUGUCCCUAGGUGACCCAGGCUACAUAGCAUUGCUGCCCAGGCCUGUAUCACUCUGGGGCACAGUCCUCAAGCUCUUUUCUGUUUCAAGUACAAAUCUCUCACCACCAAACCACACAAAAUUUCCUUGCACUUCUCAGCCCAAUGCAAGACAGUUGCACUUCAGUAUCUGUGCCCAAAUUCAGUGAUGACUCUUGUAAAACUAUUCAGGAAGCAGUCUUGCCCCAGGCUCUUCACCUUGGCCCACUUGAUUCUAUGACCAUGUGUUUCCUUUAGAGGAUUGUACAAUUUCUGGCUUACCUGGUUCUUGUCUCAUUCCUUCCAAUUUCAACCUUUUAAUCUAUCACUGUCCCAAUCCUGUACCAUCAUGGUGAGUGAUGCCACCUGAAUGUCACUCUGAAUGCCCCCUCUGCAUGAUCUCUUCUCACUUUGCAGGUUUCCUCAGACUUCAUAAUGUGUAUCUGGGAGACUCCAAACUACCUUUUUGCAGUGCUCUUUGCUGACCAUUAAAGGCUUUGAGCCAGUCAAGGUGGUGCAGGCCUAAAAUCCCAGCAACUCAAGAGGCUGAAGCUGGAGGAUCACAAGCUUGAGGCCAGCCUCAGCAACUUAGGGAGACCCUGUCUCAAAAUAAAAAAAUUAAAAUAGCUCAGUGUUUAAGUGACCCUGGAUUCAAUCUCCUGUUUAAAACAAAACAACAAUAACAAAAAAUAAAAACAGAAACCCCAUAGACUUUACUUACUCUUAGAGGAGUUUCAUUAAAAAGAAAAAAAAAAGGAAAGAAAGAAAGAACAUUUAAUUAAACUCUCUUAGCCCUGGAAGCCAAGGGGCAUGGCCUGUCUGUAGUCUCUGACGCAGUCUUGGGAAUAUAUGAAUGUAAUCAUUCCAACUUGCCCUGACCACCAAAUCCUUUUAUCAGGUCACUUUUUGAAGAUUAAGGAGACUGAAUCACUAAUAAGUUGUGAUUUCAAAUCCUUGGGAUUGGGGAGAUGAUUGGUAAAGAGUAAAAAUAAGGACUGGAGUUGUAGUGGUAGAGCACUUGCCUCGCAAGUGUGAGGCACUGGGUUCAAUCCUAGCACUAUAUAAAAACAAAUAAAGGCAUUGACAACAGUCUAUAUACAACUAAAAAAAAAAUUUAAAAAGAGUAAAAAUAAAGCCUUCAGAUAGAGAAUGCAGGAUGGAAACAGAUCUCCUUUCUUUUGAGUUAGAUAUAUCACUGCAGAUUUCUCCAACAAGAAGACAUUAAUAAGUUAACUUGAAAAAAAAAUAAAUUCUGAAGCUGUUUUUGCUUCUUUUGCAUACUUGCCAUAGAAUUACAAUUUUUCAACAAGUUGGCAAUUUCUUUGUCAUUUGUCAUCACUAAUGAUUUCCAAGCCUGGUUUUGGAACAACUUGAGUGGUACAGAAUUCUGCACACCCCACCCCCUGCACAAGUUUUUAAAAUUAGAAUGUACUAUCAGAAGAGAAAUGAUCCACAAACAGUAAUAUCUUGAAAACACUGGGGAAUUACUGUAAGGUAUUUGUUUAAUUGUAAAGACAGAAAUUUCUUAUGCAUUUAGUUAGGACAUGAAGAUAAAUGUCACUUGCAAGUUCUGGAUGUAUGUAUGUUUGUUCUGUAUUGAAAUUUUUAACUCGACAGCUUCAUUCUUGUUUUAUUAGACUAGAAGUCUAUAAAUGUGGUAGUUGAAUCGGGCACAUUGUCACACCCUGUAAUCCCUGCAGCUUGGGGGAAUAAGGGUAGGUGAGACAGGAGGAUCAAAAGUUCAAAGCCAGCCUCAGCAACUUAGAGAGGCCCUAAGCAACUUAGCAAGAUCCUGUCUCAAAAUAAAAAUUUUAAAAAGGGUUGGGGAUGUGGCUCAGUGGUUAAGCACCCCUGGGUUCACUCCCUGGUGCAAAAAAAAAAAAAAGUUGUAGUUAGAGACUAAUAAAUUAUUGAAUCUGGGAAUUUGGACAACCAGGUUCUUGGCCUGGCUGCAACUCUCUGUGUAGUCUUGAAAGUAUGUGAAAUUUUGGGGGACUUUAUUUUAUUAUUCAUAAAAUAAGAGGGUAGAAAAACUAGAUGAUUUCUAGGCGCCUUGCAUCAUAAACUUCUAUGAUUCUCUGUAGCAUAUAGCAUUUGUAUUCUAGAUAUGACUCCUGUUAGAAGAGGCUCUUUAGGGGUUGUUUUUCAAUAACAAUAUCAAGAUAAAAUUUUGGCGUGUAUGAUCUAGCCAGGAAACCUCUCUCUCUCUCUCUCUCUCUCUCUCCCUGGCUUGCUUUCAGUCACUCACAUAAACAUUCAGACUGCUAUACCCUGUUACUUCCAUCAAAUCAACAGUCGUUAGUUGACAGACAACCAUUAAACAUGGUAGCUUUUAUAAACAAAAGUGGAUUUUGAAGCUAACUUUCACUAGAUUUUAAUUAAUGUAAAUAAAAUAUGUGUGCUCUUAAAAUUUGGGGUCAUAUAUGCUCAUCCUUUGAUGUUUUAAUCUAACUCCAGUUAGCUUAGAAAUGACACAUGCGCUGUGAAGAUAUCCAUCCAGGCAAACAAUGUUUAAUAAACUUCUAUUUUCAGCAAAAACUUUUAGUAAUUUCAUUAGACAAUAACUUAAUGGAAUUCUACACAUGUAUCUAAAUUAUCACGAUUUUAUUUCAGCAGUAGGGACUUGGGCUCAGUCAAUAAUUUAUUUACACCUACAACUUAAUCAAGCUGAAAACUGGUAAUCCCACUCAACAGGCAUAUAAAUGUUUCAUAUUUUUAACGUUAUGUUUUCUAUUGUGAGCACUACUUAUUGACCAUGUUACUAAAUAUUGUCACUUUGAAGAUGCUGCGUGUCUACUUAGUAUUGUAGAACAUAACUGUAUAGAAGCAGGAAUAUUGCAAAUCAGUUGAAAUUGUAACUAUUUGUCAAUUAGCAUUUGAUAAUUAGCAUAAUGAUAAUUUAAAUUAUUAGAACCAAUUUACUGCAAAGUAGUUUUAGUUGUAUUAUUUAAAUAUACAUAACAUCAUGCUAUUUAAAAAACACAGCUUUAAAUAUUUAGAAAACUUACAUAUAGGAUUAGAUGCUUUGAUGACUUCAUGUUUGCAUAUAUAGCCUGAAUCUGUUCUUUAGCUCAUUUUAAUAAAAGCUAAAAAUAUGUGUCUCCUAA